GCCUCUAAAAUGUGUUAUGUAAAACAAAUGAAAACUGUCAAAUACAAAACAUUUUCAAGCACCACAUUAACACCUCGUCAAUAUAUCGUAACGUAGAAAAAAAUGUUGCUUUCAUUGCCCGCAUCAUCGCUUCUUUAUAUCGCUAGGUGUAGUCAAACAUUACAAGUUGAGAAAUUAAAAGAUGGCUACUACGUAGUCGUUGCUGAACGUCAUGUUUGUUGCAGUUGCUUAAAGGUUGAAUGCAUAAAUCAGUAACUACAAUACAAAUAUUUUUUUGGUUUAUUGAACACAAAAAAAACAUUUCUAAACGAAGUAAAACAUUACUCCGGGCAAAUAAUACUCACAAUUUACAAACUAAAAGUAAAUGUGAAGGGAUAGUCUUUCAUUGUCCUUUUCGAAAGAGAGACACAUCCUGGGCAUUAUGGGAAAUGUAGUUUUUCUGAUGGCAUAGCAUAGAGUUGAUCCGAUUUUUUUCACAUAACCCAGCUAACCUAGUUAUAGCAAAACAUAAAAGUAUAAUUUUCAGGGAUGAUAAUGGUGAUUAUCACAGAUUUUUAUUCUCACUCUGUGUAUAAAAUGACAAACCUGAGCAGCUAUGAUUGGUUAAGAGCUGACCGUGUUCCUGGCUGCAUCUACAUAACUGGAGCAGCUGGGUUACUAGGGUUAGUUUUCAGCACUGGUGGUCUUGAUGAGUCACAUCUGGAGGGAGGAUAAAGGCAGAGGGAUGUGGGGGAAGGAAAAGUGGAACCGUUGGCCAGAGUCAGUCUCAGUCAGUCAGUCCUCAGAGAUUUUUCACCAUGGACCAUGAACAUAAGAAGUGACACUGACCACAAUCAUCUGCCUCUUUAUCCUGAUGCUGCUGGGAAAUAAACACGAAACAUGGCUCUCCUGAGGAAAAUCAACCGUGUCCUGCUGGUGCUGCUGGUCUUCAUGUUGUUUCUGCUUGUGCACAAUGCACUGUUCAGAGCCUCCUCACAGCCCAAACUCUCAGAUCACCGGAAGACGAGUGGAAGUGCAGCUCGAGGCCCUGCAGUGAGCGAGCCAGAGGCAGGCGAUGUCAUCCCGGUCAUCAUCUGUGCCUCAGAGGAGCGUAUGGGUGGAACCAUGGCAACAAUCAACAGCAUCUACAGCAACACGGAUGCCAGUGUUUUCUUCUAUAUUGUCACUUUCCGCGAUGCUGUGAGACUGGUAAGGCAGUACAUUGAGGAGACAGAACUGAGAGGCAUCAGGUAUAAGAUACUGGAAUUUAACCCCAUGGUUCUUCGCGGAAAAGUGAAGCCAGAUUCUUCUCGCCCUGAUCUGCUGCAUCCACUCAACUUUGUGCGCUUUUACUUAGCGUUGCUUGACAUCAACCAUGAGAAGGUGAUAUACCUAGACGAUGACGUCAUUGUGCAGGGAGACGUUCAAGAUCUGUUUAACAUCCAACUGAAGCCUGGACAUGCUGCUGCUUUCGCCACAGACUGUGACCUGCCCUCCACACAUGAGAUGGUGCGCAGCAUCGGCAUGCAGACCACAUACAUGGGCUUCCUGGACUACAGGAAACAGGAAGUUAAAGACCUGGGCAUUAACCCCAGAGACUGCUCCUUCAACCCUGGAGUGUUUGUGGCAGAUAUCAGCGAGUGGAAGAAACAAAAGAUCACCAAACAGCUGGAGAGAUGGAUGGAGGAGAAUUUCAGACAGAACAUAUACAGCAGUGCCAUGGCAGGAGGUGUGGCGACCCCACCCAUGCUGAUCGUUUUUCAUGGCAAAUAUACAACACUGGAUCCACUAUGGCACGUCAGACACCUCGGCUGGAGUCCAGAUGCCCGCUAUCCCGAGAGUGUCCUGCAGGAGGCACACCUGCUGCACUGGAAUGGCCCAUUCAAACCUUGGAACUAUCCUGCUGUUCACUUGGAUCUGUGGGAGCGGUGGUUCAUCCCAGACCCCUCCGGCAGCUUCUCUUUGGUACGACCCGAUGGAGACAGCUGACAUCUGUGGAACACACCAUUUCUGAGCCAAGGGGGUGGGGUCGGCAUGAAACAUGUGAUGUUGAGGACUAAUAGGAGGGAUGAUGGGAAACACACAGUAAAUGUCACUCCGAGGAAUGUUCUUGAAAAUGAAACAUUUGUUGAACAUUGUAUGAGAGUGCCGAGUUCAGACUACACAAUCUUUUUGGUCACUGUGUCAGAUUAGGUGAUUGCACUGCCUUAAAUUCAUGCCAUGACUUGACCGACAAACGUCAGACUACACAGUGGUACUUGACGUGAACAAUCACGAUGUGGUGACAUUGGAAGUAAAACAUGAAACUCAAAGCGGAGCUAUGCAGGAUUUUUAACCAGAUUUAACAGCUUUGGAACCAUUGUGAUGGUUAAAUGUCUUGUUGUGGGGAGAUUGGGGGCUGUCUCCACUACCCCACUGUCUGUUAGUGGAAAACCAGCCUUACUAGAUCAGGGAGCUCAGUAGAGUCAAAGGCGAAAAAGCGACCAGACUUGCAAAGUUCCACUUUAAAGAAGACAAACAAUGGCGUGUUUGUCUGAUGAUGACAUCAUAAGAACAGGGAUGUGCUCUCUUAGCGCCACCAACUUCAUCACUUCUCUGCUCCCUCAUCAUUUUGGUGUUUUUGCACACGUAGAGCAGGUAGAUUUUUUUUCUUUAUAUAUGAUACAUAAUUCCAAUCCAUAGGAUUAAAUCAGUUUAAAUCUGUGGUCUUUGCUGUUUGCUUUGUUGCCCUGUCCCCAAAGCUCUCCCUGUAAAGCAAAAACCCUCAGAGAAACCAAACAAGACAACAAUUCCCAUGGUCCUAUGCUGCUUUCCACAACAUGUGGUGAUGGUGAGUUACUUUUGGUGGAUAUACAUUUUCGGGGAUCAAUUCAUGAAAAACUACAGUAGCCAGUUAGUUAUUCAAUCAAAGGUAUGGAUAACCCAUCACUCGUCCAUACCUUUGUUUUUGCCUUUAGACAAUGGAUUUGUUGAAUACAGAAAAUAUCAGUGCAAUGAAGAAAUAUCUUCUUUUCUUCUAUGUUCUAUGAUGUAUUAUUUCCCGUCCCUCAACACCAGACCUGCUAAUUGUAUAAUCAAGACAACAAUUCCCAUGGUCCCAUGCUGCUUUCCAACAUCAUCAAACUAGUUUUUUGUUAUAAUGCUGACUGAGAGAAAUCAGGCAGAAAUUACAUAUAAAACCCUGCAUCUGCUGGGUCAAUUGUGCCUCGCCUCGGCAUAAGCAAUUCUUUGUUUUGAUGACAGUUAUCUGUCGAGUUAGUUAUUAGAAGAUGAAUAGGUCUGAGGUAAAAGUACUUACAAGAUAUUUGUCUUUGGAAAAUAGAAAAUGUGUUUGCUUGGUAACUUGAAAUAAAUCCUUGGAAUUCUUUUUUUGUCACACUU